AUGUCGUCCCUGUCAAAGCCUGACCGAAUGACUGUAACAACUAUUCUUAGCGCUCAAGGCUGCCUCCAAAUGGUCGCUAGGGGCAGGGAGGUUCAUGCUUACAUCCUCAGACAAGGAUUAAUCCAUCAAAAUCAAAAUCAGAAUGGCCUGACAAAUCAGCUCAUCGAGAAUGCAUUGAUUGAUAUGUAUGCAAAAUCAUCAGAUGUAGAGUCUGCCAAGAGAGUUUUUGAGUGCAUGGCUGCAAGAGACCUGGCCUCAUGGACGGCUAUGAUAUCAGGGCUCAUGCAAAAUGGGCUCCCAGCCCUUGCCUUGAGGAUCUUCCACUCCAUGUUGAAGGAAGGCAUUACACCCGAUGAUUCCGUCUCCAUUGCCUCUGUUCUCCCAGCCAUAACAGGUGCAGGUACUCUGCAGCAGGGGAGGGAAAUCCACGGGUAUACCAUCAGAAAUGGGUUGAAGAACCCAUUUGUAGCAACUGCAUUGCUCGACAUGUACUCCAAGUUUGGCUGCAUUACCCUCUCGGAGAUUUUGUUUCAUGAGCUUUUGUUCCACGAAAGGAACAAGAACAAGAGCAGCAGUGUGGUGUCAUGGAGUGCGAUGAUCAUGGCCUAUGCCAAGCACGGUUACACAGAUGAUGCCCUAAAUCUCUUCCAUAGGAUGGUUGAGGAGACACGAAUAAAGCCCAACCACAAAACCUUGAUGGCCAUUCUCACUGCCUGCAGUCAUGGGGGUGGGGGCAGUGACCUGGUGGACGAAGCCAAGAAGUGGUUCCAAUGCAUGAGGGACAAAUACCAAGUGAGCCCAGACAUGUAUCAUUAUGCAGCUAUGGUGCACCUGCUGGGGAGAGCAGGACAACUGGAAGAGGCCAUGGCAUUUAUUAGGGAGAUGCCCAUCGAACCUGGGCCGGCAGUGUGGGGAGCUCUGUUGGGAUCUUGCAGACUGCAUCAUGAUGUGGAGUUGGGAGAAAGGGUAGCCCAAGUACUUUCCAAUGUGGAACCAGAUAAUCCUGGGAACUAUGUGCUGCUGUCCAACAUGCUGGCGGAGAGAGGGAGAUGGGAGGAUGUGGUGAAGGUGAGGGAGUUGAUGAGAGACACAGGAUUGCAGAAGAAGCCAGGUUUCAGUUUUGUUGAUGUUUGA